AUGGGCUUACUGAACUUGAUCAUUGAUACAAUCAUCAUCGCACUUCCGAUGCCGUAUCUGAUCCGCCUACGAACGUCAUGGCGUAAGAAGAUCGUUGCAAUUGUCUUGCUAGGGAUGGGGAUAAUGACCUGGGCCAUUACUAUUUAUCGCCAGAAGUGCUUGUGGGGGCUGAACUGGCGAAAGGUCAAUCGAUACUCGGAUAUGGCCAUCGCCAUGUUCCUAGGUGGCCUGGAGUGCGCAGUCAUUAUCGUUGUGGCUUGCAUACCGCUCAUGCGUCCUCUAUUUUCGAGAAGUCAGGCUCGCGGCCCACCCAACGUACAUCACCAUGGUGACAACCCCAACGCAGGGGCGCAUCUGGAGAAAGGGAACAAGAAGGCGCCAGCCAAGCUUCCUCGAUUGCUCGACCCGCCGUCCUGGUUCGACAAUGAGGAUGAUGUCGAUGCGCAGGUCGAGCUACAAGCAAAGAAGGAUGUGCAGAUGACGGAUGCGCAGUCUUCUAGUUCCUCUGACAUCUCGCGGGCCCCAGGCGCCACUAAAGAUACUGUCGUGGAUAGGAAGACAUGGGCAGCGCCAGCAUGCUGGCAGGCACCUGAGGAAUGUCGUAAGCAGAGUCCGCACGAGCCACCUAUUGUGCAUGCAGAUGCGCUUUGA